GUACAAAGCAGGUCUGCUCCGUAAUAGCCUUUGCCCUGCUUCCACUGGGCCGGGGCCAAUGGAGAGCGCUGAUACCUCGGAUACGUUUCAAGCCUCUGCCAGCUCAUCAACCUGGACCGUCAUGCCUCGCGUGUCCUUGCAUUGACGCGAUUUCCAAUCAUCGACUGAUCUCUGCGUUUUACGGAGUGCACCGAAUUCCUGCAGCCGGCCAAGAUGGACGGUCUCCUUUGAUUUCAAUCCCGCUAGAUGGAUCCCUGGGCAUGAAGAGAGCUGCGAGUACGAAGUUGCGUCUCCUGCACUGCGCACCGGUGAUUGAUCCUGAUCCAUCUCGCCCUCCCUGAUCCGAUACUGUCUGUAGCUUGCGAUUUCACCCUCUUUUUCGCGUCUUGGAGCCUCUUUCGUCUCAUGGAAUGGACAUCCUAGAGAUACAAAAAUGGGCCUUCAUGCCUAAUCUUCCGGAUAACAUAGCGCCGAUCCGGGAUUUGCUCAUCCGAUAUAGCAAGAUCCCAGCCGGGGAGAUUGAGCCUCACCUUAUCAAGAUUCGAGAGGCGGCCUGGGCGUAUUCAAGAAUGCCCUUCAUUGGGCGAUGGAAAUUCCUAACAUUGAACGAUGUCAACGACUCCCGCUAUCAGCAGGCUCUGUUCCGCCUCAGACUGUCUCAAUCUCGAGAUGCCCUCCUAGACCUGGGCUGUGGGCUUGGCCAAGCUCUUCGUCAAUUUCGAGAUGACGGGGUUGAUGGGUCACGAUUAUUUGGGCUCGACUCAAGUUCCCAGUUGGUGUCAUCAGGCUACGAUCUCUUCCAAGAUAGGAACAGCUUAGGCGCCCAUUUUACCGUGGGAGACUUGAUAGAUCCCGACGAUCCGAGCUUAGGGGAGCUCAACGGCCAAGUCAGCAUCAUUCAUGCCGGAAGCUUCUUUCAUCUAUUUAGCUGGAAACAGCAGUUAUACAUUGGCAAACGACUUGUCGACUUCCUGCAGCCGGGAAUACGCAACGCGUUUAUAUACGGCCGACAUGCAGGCGUCGCUACCACUCGCGAGGUCGAGAAGGACGAUUCCUCACCCUACCUUCACAACCAGGAAAGCUUCCAGCGUCUCUGGGACGAGGUGGGAGAAUUAACGAGAACCAAAUGGAAGGUGGAGGUAGAGCCAGCGGGAGAGGCGGUUGCUUGGCUCCCAGGAAACCCAAAAGGCGCACAGCCCAUCAACUUUACGAUAUACCAAGUUCCUAGAAAUGAAAUCAAAAAAAGCUGCUUAUGA